AUGAAUGGCUUUUUAGUUAUUCCAGAAAGCGAGAGAGUUUCGCUCACUGUAAGAAACCUAAAGGUUUCGGUAUUAUCAGCGAAAUCUCAUAGCAACAAUACCAAUUCUGAAAAUGUUAUUUUGGAUGACAUUUCUCUUGAUCUCAAAAGUGGUGAAGUGAUGGCCAUCUUAGGUGGCUCAGGCUCUGGAAAGACAACUUUGUUGAAUAUUCUUUCCCAAAGGUACAACCGCAAUAAGAACUUUCACUGUCAAGGGAUGAUCAAGUACAAUGAUUUCAUAUCCAUUGGCAAUGUCAAAUCGGCUUACUUAUUGCAAACUGAUCUCUUUCUACCUGGCUUGACCGUAAAAGAAACCUUGAACUAUGCUGCUGAGUUAAAACUAUUUUCCGUUCCUUCAAAGACUGAAAAAUUCAAAUUUGUCGAUUUUUUGUUAGAUGAAUUGAACUUGAAUUCAAUAAAGGACACAAAAUUCUCUACUUUCAAUCUUUUGUCUGGUGGAGAGCAAAGAAGAAUCUCCCUCGCUAUCCAACUACUAAAUGAUCCUUCUAUUUUGUUUCUUGAUGAACCAACCACUGGCUUGGAUUCCUUCACCUCCUUCAACCUAAUUCAAACCAUCAAAAAUCUUUCUCAAAAGUUUGGUAUUACCAUCAUCUUAUCAAUUCAUCAACCAAGAACUGAAAUUUUAUCUUUGUUUGACAAGAUUUGUUUGCUAGCCAAAGGUGGUAAACUAUGCUAUUUUGGUGAUCCCAAUCAAUCUUUGAACUAUUUCAAUUUCAAUUGCAACUUGGCUGAAUUGAAAAAUAUAAAAAAUUUCAAUUUGGCUGAUUCAAUUAUCGAUUUAGUAGCAAAGGAUACCACUUCAAAACAAAAUGAAUCAAAUUCUCUUGAAAGAAUCGACUACUUAUCCGAAUGCUGGAAAUCGUAUCAAACCAAUCAACUAAUAGAAUUAGACAACGACGAAAUCUUCAAUACCUUUCAAGCCGCAGAUAAAAUAUCCCAAAAACCUCAAUCCAUUUCUCUUUUAAAGGAGGUUGAAAUUCUAACUAGAAGAACGUUUUUGUUGAGUACAAGGGACAGCUACUCUUUAUUUUCUUUAAUAUUUGGUAUUCUUUUAAUCUCAAUUGUGGUAGGCUGGCUUUUCUAUGAUCCUUAUCUCGACUUAUCUGGUAUCAGAACCAACAUUGGUGCUCUUUACUCCAUAUGUGAAACUGUCGCCUUGAUCCCCAUGUUGUUUGAAAUGGCAAGGCUUUGGGAUUGUGAUGGUAAAUUUUUUUUUCGUGAAAACGCUGACAAAUCUUCAACUGUAUCUGGCUUUCUAAUAUCUCGAAGACUCGCUAAAUUUUUCAUUGAAGAUCUCCCUAUAGCGAUUAUAUUUUCCGUAACCACCUAUUUUAUGUGGGGCUUUGACACUAAUAAUAAAAUGUUUUUGGUUUACUUUUCAAUAACCUUAUUAUCCCAGCUAAUCGGCAUGUCUUCUGCCAUGUUUUGUUUUGCAGCUGCUGACUCUUUUCAAAUAACUGCCAUCAUUUGGUCUAUUUUUUAUUUUGUUCAAAAUUUUGCCUGUGGUUAUUAUGUCAACCCUAGAACAAUGCCUGUAUAUGUUAGAUGGGUAAGGUACAUAUGUACUUAUUGGUAUGUUUUUGGUGCCAAUGUUUCCAACAGAUUUACCGGCUUUUUUGGCGAAUGUCCCCAAAAUGACAUCAACUCAACAUUAUGCAAUGAGUAUAUCGGAAAAUUCAUUCUAAAUGAUAUCGGUUUUCCUGAAAAUUGGAUAUCCUUACCACUUUCGAUAUUAGUUGCCUGGUUUUUGGGUUUUUACUUUGUGGCUGCAAUAUUAUUAAAGUACAAAAAUAAAAAUGUAUCCUUUUCUAAAUCAAAAAAAAAUAACGACAAUAAGGAUCAAGUACAAAUCCACAAUAACAACGUUCAAACAGGAACUGCGGAUUCCAUCUUGGAAAGUAACUUAUCGAAUCUUGAUAUAAAUAUUCAUAUUAAGAAUAUAUCUUUAUUUGUGACCAAAAAAUCCAAAUUUAAAUUCAUCAGAAAGUUCUUGGGUCAAAAUACUGAUCCUGAAGAAAAAACCUUGAUUGAAAAUGUGAGUGCUUUCUUUGAACAAGGUAAAAUUAAUGCAAUCAUGGGUCCUUCAGGAUCUGGGAAAUCAACAUUAUUAAAUUUAAUUUCAAACCGGAUAGAGAACGUUAGAAGCACUGGUUCUAUAUAUUUAAAUGAAGACCAAAUUCCAUUAUCAUAUUUCCAUAACUACAUUUCAUAUACCACUCAAAAUGAUGCGUCUCUAAUACCAACUUUAACGGUUUGGGAAACUUUGUGUUUUCAAGCUAGAUUGAGAUUACCAGUAAAGGAACAUAGUAAUAUAUUCCCUAUUGUUAGCGAGCUUAUAAAUAAAAUGGGAUUGAAUGAUUGUAAAAACAUUUUGGUGGGAGAUGAAAAUAUUAAGGGAAUUUCAGGUGGUGAAAAAAGAAGGACUUCAAUUGCAAUUCAAUUAUUAGAUAAUUCUAGAAUCCUUGUUUUGGAUGAACCAACUUCAGGGUUGGAUUCCUUCACAUCUAGUACUAUUUUGAAAUUAUUGGCAGAUAUUGCACAGGGGGAGAAGAAGAUUGUUAUUAUUACAAUCCAUCAACCAAAAUAUGAGUUGUUUAGUUUAUUUGGAAAUGUUUUGCUUUUGUGCAAAGGCGGAAAGGUUGCAUUUAAUGGAGCUCAAAGUAAAUUGUCAGGAUAUUUUGAGAAAUUGGGAUAUAUGUGUUCUGAAAAUACCAACUUUGCAGAUUACAUUCUUGAUUUAGUUUCGGAAUCAUCGAAGGAUGUUGAUAGUAAGAUUCGGGUGGAGAAUUUAUUGAUAAAUUGGAAGAAUAAUUAUGGCAAGACGGAAGAAUUUAAAGAAAAAACGUUUGAAAAUCCAAUGGUUGAUGAAAGUGAAUUUGAGACAGAAAAGUAUAAGAUAUUGAAAAAGAAAAAAGCAGCUUUUGGAGUAGCAUUGGUGACAUUGAUUGAAAGGCAAGCAAAGACUAUUUUUCGAAGCAAAGAUAUCAUAUUAAAUCGGUUAGGGCAAGUGUUAACAAUGGGUGUUUUUGGAACGAUUUUUUAUGCUCCAUUGAGCAAUUCAUCUGAUGGGAUUUACAAUAGACUUGGAUUGAUACAAAAUGCGAUAAAUUUGUAUUAUUAUGGGUUUUUGAACAAUAUAGCAGUGUAUCCUAUUGAAAGAGAUUACUAUUAUGUUGAAAGUAAAGAUAAUUUAUAUCGAAUGGAAUGUUUUUUGGUUGCAUAUUUGAUUAAUGAAAUUCCAUUUGAGAUCAUCACAUCAUUAUUAUUUUCAGCUUUAUAUGUUUUUGGUGUGGGAUUGCCUAGAAAUGCAGAGAUGUUUUUGGUUAUGUUUUAUGGAGGGUUUGUGACAUUAAAUGCCGGAGAAUCUAUUGGGAUAAUGUUUAAUACGAUUUUUUCUAAUUUUGGGAUAGCAAUGAAUGGGCUAUCAACGUUAUUCACGAUAGCGAUAUUUAUGGGAGGAACGAUGUCGAUGCAGAUGCCUAUGUUUUUUCAGGUGUGGAAUUAUCUUAAUCCCUUAAAGUAUGUUGUAAAGGCAGUUAGUAAUAUGGCGUUCCGGAACCAAGAGUUUGAGUGUGUUGGAGGAAUUGAUGAAUGUUCAUUAAAUAGCGGAGAGGCAGUACUUGAGUAUUACAGGAUGAAAAGUCCAGUUGCUAUAAACUUGAUAGCAUUAUUAAUAAUUUUGAUUUCAUACCGGACAUUAGCCUAUUUGUUUUUGCAUAUUAAAAUGAAAACAUGGUAG